AUUGUACUGUUUUUUGGCACUGUUCCUAGACAAUGGAAAAUAAUUUAAAGUAAUUAUUUGUAAUCAAAUUUUAUCAACGUAUUUUUUUUAACGAUAGGCAACCUAUCGUUAACCAAGCGCAACCUAUCGGUAGUUUACCAACACUUUUGGUCACUUUUCGCGUUGUGCAACACCCGCUGAUGAUUUUCAAUAUUGCUUUGAAAACACUUGCGUUUUUUAGUCGAAAUUGUCGGAUUAUUGUUAUGAAUCGUUCAUAAACGGUGUACGCUCCAAGUUCAGGACCAAACGAAGCCGGCCAGGAAACCCUCGAUGCGUGGCCAGCCAGCCAGCGACAGGUGCAGUGACAGCGAAAGCGGAGCAGCGGCAACAGAAUUUAAGGUCACAGCGACGACAAAAGGGACAUCAACAUCGAUUUUUUUGCACCCUUUUUUUUUGUUUUGUGGAGCACGAAUCUUGGCAAGCGCUCGGCCGGUUUUGUGCGAACAAAGGAAGACCUAAGCGGGUGUGGGGGGUGUGAAUACAGCGAAUUUCAGCAAAGAUGAGUGGCGGCGGCGGUGAGGAGGAGGAGCAACAGCAGCAGCGGCAGCAUCAGCACCAGCUGCCAGGUGUGUCCUCCAGUGCUUCUGGAUCUGGAGCGGCUGCUGGUCGGGCCACGCCAGAAAUGAAGCGUUCGGCUGUGCGCAGUCUGAUACAGAGAUACUUCCACCAGCUGCAGUCCGGCUGUGGGAACGCCCACUGCACUAAUGAUAACUGCGCAUCCAGCGGCAAGGUCGCGCCCAUGACGCCCAAUGAGGUGGCUGCCAAGGCCCUGCAACUUUUUUCACAAGAUGCUCAGCUCUGCGAGGCGUCUGCUUCGGCAUCCAGCAGCCCCCAGGAUGUGGACAUGCUCUCGCCGAACGACAGCAGCAGUAGUAGCAGCGGCAGCUCCACCAGCACCAUCACCUCUGCCAGUACCACCACUACCACCAGCACUCAAUCGCAAAGCGCUCCAGCUGCCGUUGUGGUGGCGGCGGCUGCUGCUGCUCCUUCUGAGAGUUCCAUACCUGUCCAAAGUCUACCGCAGCUGGAUCUUGUCGCCGAGCCCUUAUCCGUUGGCUCUGGACCUUGUACACCCACCCUGCCCCCAGUCCAAAGCCUGGAUGCCAAUAGUCUGAUAGCUCUCUAUGAGCAAUGCAGGGCGGCGGACAGCUACGACAGGAUUUGCCACGCCAUUGGCGAUGUAUUCUCCUUCGUGGAUCGACUGAGUAAGAGCUUCGUGCGCAGCGCAGAACCAGCGGCUUCUAGUAGUCUGCAGGAGCUGCUGGAUAAUCCACCAGAGGCUCUAAACAAAGAACAGCUGCGUAUGUUAGAGGGCGAGCACGACAAGGACGAGGAUUGUACACAAAAGGAAGAGGAAGAGGCAGCUGGAGGAGAUUCGGAGGCGGCUUGCUCAGGGGAAGUUGUGGUGGUAACCGAAACCGAAGCUGAAACCGAGGACGAGGAUGUGCCAAUGGCUCAACCUGAAGCAGAUUCCCAAGCGGAGGGUGAGGAUAAGUCCCAGAGCAGCGACACAAUGGUGGAUUUUCAGGGAUUGCGACGGGUACAGAGGCUGCUUUUCGUCUGCCAAACCCGUGCCAUUACAGAGAAGCUGACCACCAGUGUUAUCCAGCUGGCGGAAUGGGUGCAAUACAUGCGACCCGACUGGGAGAAGGUGAUCCACUGCCUGGUCAUAUGCUUCGACCUGGCCACCAAUACAAACAACAGCGUGGUGGACAUUGACUAUCUGGAUCGGGCCUUGCCCAAGCUGUGUCAAGCGGCAGCCAGCAUGCCCGUGCCGGCACAGGCGCGUCUGGCCAGGAUCUGGGCAGCACAUUGCCCGGAUCAGUUGCAGACUUUGGUGGCUGCCUGCCAGCAGCAAAUCACCUUACAAGUACUCCUAGACGAGGAAUCCAUGCGAGAAAACGGUUCCAUUAUAGGCAUGACCAAAGUUUUAAAGAUUGUCUUCUAUGCCAACAUCUUGGCUAGCGAGUUGGAGCUCCCCUCUUGCCGGAUACCCUUAGAGGAUCGGGCGGAGACACCAGCCACAUCUUCAUCCUCUAGUGGACCCGUUGAGGAUGAUUUGUUUGUUUACAGCUCGGUUCAUCAGCCGCAUAUGCCCAAGUUCGCCGAGGAUCAGCUGGAAAAGGCUUUGCAAGUGUCGGCCAUUGAUUGCCGGCGACCUUUGGUGCCGCUGGAGGAGUUUUACAACGAGGCUCUUAGCGAGAAUAUACAGAUGCACCACGACUACCUCUCAUACAAGACACUGGCCAUGGAGAGCGAGAUGGGCUCGGGCCAAACCAACUAUUUCUCCUUUAUGCUCUACGCCUUUAUCCUUACGCCGGCGACCAAAGUGGAUGCAUUAUACUACGAUAGUCGGAUGAGGAUGUACAGCGAGCGUUACUCCUCGCUUUACUCCAUGCUCAACAACUUUGGGCAGGAUGGUCAGGAUGGCACACCCCGGCCUGAUCUUAAGUUGACGGUGCGCCGGGAUCAGCUUAUAAACGAUGCUCUCAUCGGACUGGAACUGGUGGCCAUGAGCAAUCCCAAGGAUCUCAAGAAGCAGCUGGUGGUGGAGUUUGUUGGCGAGCAGGGCAUCGAUGAGGGCGGCGUAUCCAAAGAGUUCUUCCAGUUAAUUGUGGAGGAGAUUUUCAAUCCAGCUUUCGGCAUGUUUGUCCAGCAGGAAGAGACCAAUAAUAUGUGGUUCAAUGCCACACCCUUUGAGAAUGGUGCUCAAUUCACUUUAAUUGGGAUUAUCAUUGGCCUGGCGAUCUACAACAAUGUUAUCCUGGCCGUAAACUUUCCCAUGGUGGUCUACCGUAAGCUGAUGGGUUAUUGUGGAACCUUUGCCGACCUCAACGACUGGAGUCCCACGCUUUAUAAGAGUUUAAAAUCCAUGCUGGACUACCAGGGUGAGGACAUGGAGGAGGUGUUCGAUCAGACCUUCAAGAUUAGCUACAGCAAUGUGUUUGGGGAGAUGGUGGAACACGAACUGGUGCCCCAUGGCAAGGAUGUCUUGGUGGGGCAGCACAACAAGCAGCUGUUUGUGAACCUGUACAGUGACUUUCUGCUGAACAUGAAUAUUCAACAGCAGUUUAAUGCCUUCCGAAAAGGCUUCGAAAUGGUGACGGAUGAGUCGCCUUUAAAGCUGCUCUUUCGGCCCGAAGAGAUCGAGAUGCUUGUCUGCGGCAGUCGGGAGUUUGAUUUCGUGGAACUGGAGCACUCGACGGAGUACGAGGGUGGCUACACGGAUGAAACGCAAAUCAUUCAGGACUUUUGGAGCAUCGUUCAUGCCAUGCCAAACGAGUCGAAGCGCAAGCUGCUUGAAUUCACCACAGGCUCUGCGCGUGUACCAGUGGGCGGGCUGAAAUGUCUGCGGCUGCUAAUCACUCGCCACGGUCCGGACAGUGAUCGUCUGCCCACCUCGCACACCUGCUUCAAUGUCCUGCUGCUGCCGGAAUACAGCAGUCGGGAGAAACUGGAAGAGCGCCUGCUGAAGGCCAUCAACUAUUCAAAGGGCUUUGGCAUGCUGUAGACUAAAGACACACACUCACUCUUACACACACACAUGACCAACGUCCAAGUCCAAGUCUGUCAUCGCAACUGUUACCACCUCUCUCUCUCUCUGUCUGAGAUGAAGAAGGAGAAAAUUUGUAAUGGGUUUGAGUUCGUUUUGGGUUCUCCCAUUUAUUUUUGAUACGACCUGUUCAAUGAGACAAUAUAUACAUACAAAUAAAUAUAUGCUCAAUUUCUGGCGCGAUGGCGAGAGCGAGUGAUCACCGAACGGGCGCACGCGAUUUUGUUUACCCUUGUCGCCCAGUUAAUUGUAAAUACUACUACAUUACAUACCGCAUUCACCUAUGUAAACUCCCAAAAACAUUUAAGUCGCAACCCGCUGAAUAUUUUGCUAAAUAAAUUUGGAAGUUGUGCG